AUGGCUGAAAUGUGCAGGUAUAUAGAGACAAAGUGGUCUGAAAUAUUAGAAAAUAUUCAAAAGAAGAAAGACCAAGACAAGGAUCAGCCUCAGAGUCCAGGAUUUCAACAGCAAUUGGCAAAGCCGCUCGAUAAACAGAUCCUAGCUGAUGUACAGAAUGCUUUAGCUCAGCAUGUCCCAAAACUUAUAUCUGCAUCCCACACCUCGAGUGCAUCGAUUCAGUCAAAAGAGGAGACAACUGAAAAGACAAUAAAAGUUGCAAACUCAACUACAAUAACAUUAAUAGAAAACACAAAUCAUACUGUCGAUAAGGACAAAGAUAAUAAUUAUCCAAAAAAUUACUUCACAUUAGAAGCUAAAAAUGAUAAAAAGGAUGAGGCUAAUAAGAAUAGCAUUACUAUAACAAGAACAGCUCCAAAACAGUCACCUGGUGGCAGUCAGAGCGACAGGCCCAAGGGUAACUCGAAAGCCACAAAGAGGCCGUUACAGUACUUAGAAACUCUCGCAGAGAAAGCUGGUAUCACUUUUGAGGAUAAAUAUGAAGCUGCUAAUACACUUUUAGCUCUUGACAAACAGAACAGUAACUUUCGUAGACCGGAGAUCAAACAGCCAAAGCUUGAACCAGAAACUCAUAAUCAAAGUGAAGAAUAUCGUUAUAGAAAUCAAAAGGAAGAAGAUGAUAAGUUACAAAUACAACAGCAGAUAAUCCAACAGCAGCAGCAGCAGCAACAGCAAUUGCAACAGCUCCAACAACAGCAAUUACAGCAACAAAUCCAACAACAGUUGCAACAGCAAGUGUUGCAGCGUCAGGCUAUACAGCAACACUUCAAAAACCAACAGGAUCAACAGGAGCUGUUGCAAAAACAAUUUCAACAACAACAACAGCAUCACGCUCAACAACAAGCUCAACAGCAGCAGCAGCAUCAACAGCAACAACAGCAGCAGCAGCAACAACAACAACAACAACAACAGCAGCAGCAACAGCAACAAUCACAGCAACAGCAAGCUAAAACUGAUAUACAGCAAUUAUCACAGCAACAAGACCUACAGCAGCAGAAAUUUCUUCAGGUUGUGAAUCAGCCGGUACAUACACAGCAGUUUAACGUACCCGGCAUCGGCGAGAUCAAUCUCAGUUUCCUCGCUUCACCACAAAAUAACGUUAAUCUACUUUACGAAAAAAAUCAAAAGGCCAGCAUGAGUGGAGACAUUAAGCCUCAACAGAUAGUCGAUGGUCAGGCGCAGGUUGUUCAACAGCAGAUCAAUAUGUCUCAACAUGAGCCGACCCAGCAUCAUCAGACAGUCACAGUUGUUUCCUCGAUGCCAAGCAGUAUGGCACCACACCAGGUGCAACAACAGAGUUCUGGGGGCCUUCAACAACAGGCCGCGAUGCCGCCAUUACAGAGUCUACCUAACACUCAACACCCGCAACAGAUAAGUGCUGAAUGGGGUCACAGUCGAGUGCAGGUUAUUCAGCAGCCUCUUCAGAACAGCACGUACCUUCAACAGCUAUACAAUGCUCAAGGGCCGUUAUUAAUGCCGGGGAAUAUAGCUUUACAUCCUGGAAUCAAUUCGCCACAGAUACAGGUCAUUGCUGCUGGGAAGCCGUUCCAGGGCAACCAACUCGCUCCACACAUGUUGACGACCCAGGGAAAACAAGUGCUACAAGGGCAGGCUGGUCUAACUACAUUUCAGGAUCAAGCUCCGUUCCCGGGAUACACAACUAUCCCGGCUAUCCCGACGACCCAGAAUCAAACGUUCGUAUUCAGUCCGCUAGGCGUGAUCAACUCUCAGUCUAGUAUACUGCCAGCUCACUCACAGCCGACUGUAUCCGGGAUAGGACAGCAACAAAAACAAUCAGAUAUGCAUAAGGUGAUGAGUGGCGGCAAAGUCGGUGGUAAAGUCGGUAGCGCGGUUCCAGUGCAGGCGCAGUGCGUCCAAGUAUCACAGCCUGUGCUCAGCCAACAACAAGCACAAAUCAUCAGUCCACUACAGACGGGUGGUCAGAUGCAGUUCGCGCCAUGGCAGAUAUCCGGGGCCCUCCCGCAAGUGUGGGCAGGGGGCCUUCAGGCGGGGGCCCUGCCAGCGGGGGGCCUUCUCGCUCCCAACCCUAUAUUCAUUAGGGGGACUCAACCCGACGCCCCAUCCAUGUUCAUACAACACUCACCACAGAAUAACGUUCAACACAACAAUGUAAGUGUGGCUUGUGCUACGGCGACCACUUCGAAGCCACGGGCUUCUAGUGAGGGCAUGGCGAAGACAUCUCGUCCUCUGUCGAACAUUCUACCCUCCAGCGGCAUCAGACCCGCUUCAUCUGUAUCCACACAGACCAAUACUAAUCAAGCACAGAAUCAGCAGGCAAAGCAACGCGGCAAGCCGGGUGUUAGAUCCCCAGCACCAGCAGCCAAACAAGAUGCAGCCAACCAAACGAACAAAAUGCAACAUCAAAUGCAGCAAACUAAACAGUUGCUGGUUAUGAAUUCUAGUGGACAGAUGGCUCAAAUUUCGAGUGUGUCAGAAAAACAGACGAUUAAUAAAAACAUUCAGCAGCAGACAAUCAUACAGCAACAGCAGUCCAUUCAGCAGCAGCAACAACAGCAGCAACAACAGCAGCAGCAACAGCAACAACAGCAGCAGCAACAACAACUUCUACAACAGCAACAUCAAACUCAGAUUGUACAGCACUAUCAACAACAAGGAAUGACUUUGGGCAUGCAGCAGAGUACACUUCCAGUUGGUUCUGUGUCUCAAACUCUGCCGAUGACUGGGAUGCCGCAAACAGUGUCUAUGGUGCAGCAAUUACACUCGUUGAGCGGUCUCGGCCAAACAAGUGCUUUAGUGAGUCAACUGAACAGCACCCAACCACCAAACUCACUAUCACAAGUGCCGUCACUUCAACAGCCGCAGCUGGUGAGCAGUGGUCUUGUUCAAACGUCUGUCGGCAUGGCAGUUCAACAACCGACCGGCUUGAAUCAUACAACCCAGAUGCAAGCGCCCGCGUUGGCGCUCGAUGGAUCGCUGCUGACUCCACUCGUCGUCUCACCGGCGAUAUUACACCACGAGGUAACAUCAAACAAUCUAAGUUCGCCGCAACUGACUCUACAGGGUCAAGGGACUGUUGGUCUUUUGGCGGCCCCACUGCAGGGCUCCGUGCUGCCCUUGUCUCAAACACUAUCGCAGACAUUGUCUCAGACGCUACUGCAUGUGAAGAGCGAGGAAGAUAAGACACAACAAAUGCCACCACCGCAAAGCUCCGUUGUUCCUCAAUCAUCUCAGCCAAUGGAUACCACCAGUGAUGCUACAACAACGGUAUCAUCACCAAGUCCUACCACAACCACAGUAAGCGCAGACGCUGCUGUUUCUACCACUACCACCUCUGGUCCAAAAACUCCAACCGAGACUCCAAAACCGAGUCCAAGUAAGGAGUCUCAAGAACAGCCAGCGACCACAGCUUCACCUGCCACCAGCAGCGCCCAAAGCACCACCUCUCUAACACCACAGGUGAUGACAACCUUGGCUUGUUCUACAACUGCGACUGUUCCCACUUCUAUAACAACACCGGUAACAAGUAAUUCGCUGUUCAAACCAACUCAAUGUCCUCCUCGUCAUAUUAAUCAGCAGACGGCUCAUGAUAAAACCCUGCCGAAAGCCAUGGUGAAGCCGAAUAUACUAACCCACGUCAUAGAAGGAUAUGUUAUACAAGAAGCGGGUGAACCAUUCGCUGUUAAUAGACCUCUACGUGAGUGGGGCACAGAUAAAGAACAGGACAAAGAGAAUAAAUUACCAUCAACAGACGAACCGCCAAGAAAGAAACAAAUGUUAGAAAACGGCAGUAGUCUUCCAAGGAUAUCAUCAAGCAAUGAAUCCAGUGAAAGUUCGCAGAGCGCCAAGUCUGAUCCCACACCGCAGCCCGAGGCUCCUUCAGAAGAAACCCCUAAGAUACCAAACGCUAACAAAUGGACCGUGUCGGAGGUGUGUGACUUCAUCCGCAGCAUCCCAGGCUGUGCAGGUUACGCUGACGAGUUCCUCAUGCAGGAGGUUGAUGGAGAGGCUCUGCUGCUCAUAAAGCCUGAACACUUAGUGAUGGCGCUCUCUAUGAAGCUGGGGCCCGCCUUGAAGAUAGUCGCCUGCAUCGACUCGCUGCGCCCGGAGAGCGAACAGAACAAUGAUCAUGACUGA